AUGGCAAACAUCAAAGUCGUCGACGUCAGAUUCGAGCAUUACAGGCCUGGAAAUGCUCUUGGAAUUGACGACAGAAGGCCUCGUAUCUCCUGGCGUUUCAAUGGAACAUCUCAAGAUCCAAAACAGGAUGCAUAUGACAUUGAACUCACAGGUGUUGACCUGGAAUCACAACAGCCACAUGGGGCAAAAACUUACAAGGUCAAAUCAUCACAAGCGUACCUCGUUCCCUGGCCUUGUGACGAACCACUAAGUUCUCGGCAACGCUAUGAGAUUCGAGUAAGAGCAUACCUUUCCGGCGAGACUGAACCAACGUCUUGGAGCGACGUUGAAUUUGUCGAAGCCGGUCUCUUGAACCGACAAGAUUGGUCGGGUACCCAGCUCAUUUCAGCACCAUGGUCCGACAACCAAGACAAAUCCUUGCCUGAAGACACGUUCCGCAAGCAAUUCGGCAUCAGUGGCGACAUUCAGUCCGCGAGACUAUACAUCACAUCUCAAGGUGUCUACGAAGCUGAGAUCAACGGAAAGAGAGUCGGAGAUCACUUUCUUGCACCUGGUUGGACAGUAUAUGAGCAUCGCCUGAGAUAUCAGACCUUUGAUGUGACGGAACUUAUUUCCGAUGGCUAUAAUUGCAUCGGAGCUCGCGUGGCUGAAGGGUGGUUUAAAGGCCGUCUAGGAUUUGAGGGUGGAAAGCGAAAUAUUCAUGGAACACGGACAGCGCUGCUUGCUCGGCUUGAGAUUACAUCAAAAGAUGGAACUAUCUCGACGAUAUCGACAGACGAGACAUGGACUACAACGCAAGGACCAAUCCAAAUGGCUGAAAUCUACGACGGGGAGAAGUACGAUGCCACUGCUGAAAUAGAAGAAUGGUCAAUGUCAGGGUCUGUGUCAGGAGAUUGGCAGAAAGUACAAGUCCUUCCGCCAUUGUCUGAAGAGACUGCCCUCAUUGCUGGAUCAGCAGAGCCAACUCGAAGGAUUGAGACCAUCAAGCCGAUCUCCAAGAUUGACACACCCUCAGGAAAGUUGGUGCUCGACUUUGGGCAAAACCUGGUUGGCUAUCUGCGGAUCCGUGUUCGAGGUUCAAGAGGCCAUAAGAUAACUCUUUAUCAUGCCGAGGUCCUUGAACAUGGCGAACUUGGAACCAGGCCAUUGCGACAUUGCGAAGCUAGAGAUACCUAUACUAUUCGUGGCGAGGGCGAAGAAGUCUAUGAGCCUAGGUUCACAUUUCAUGGCUUCCGGUAUGCCCAAGUCGACAAUUGGCCUGGGUCCCAAGACGAUAUUCUAGAGAAAGUGGAAGCCGUUGUUUGCCAUACUGAUAUGGAAGAAACAGGCUAUUUCUCUUGCUCAGACGACAUGCUCAAUAAACUAUGGAGCAAUGUCCGAUGGUCAACCAAAGGGAACUUCCUCUCCAUCCCUACAGAUUGCCCUCAGAGGGACGAACGUCUCGGUUGGACUGGCGACAUCGCUUUAUUUGCCCCUACAGCGACAUUCCUCUAUGGAUGUCACGGUAUCCUGAACGAUUGGCUCAAGGGCCUCCACUACGAGCAGAAGAAGCGCAAUGGUAUCCCGCCGAUGGUCUCCCCUAAUACCAUAGUGGACGGCCUCUUUGCGCAGAUCCACCCCUUUGCUAUUUGGCAUGAUGUUACUGUGCUCGCGCCUUGGGCGUUGUGGGAGGAGCACGGAGACUCCGAAAUUCUGGCUCAGCAGUAUGACUCAAUGGUGGCGUGGCUGAAUGCUGUGCCGAUGGGCAAGGCGGCUGAUAAGGACCACUUAUGGGACUCGAGUGUGUUCCAGCUCGCGGAUUGGCUUGACCCUAGUGCUCCUCCAGAUGCUCCUCAGAAGUCAGCGACUGACAUGAUGCUCGUCGCCAACGCCUUUCUGAUACAAUCAUACGACAUCAUGGUUCGAAUCACAGAGAUCCUUGGAAAUGAUGAUUCCACUGUCUACAAAGCGAAAGCAACUAAGGCCCGAGAACAAUAUGCCAAAAAAUAUAUCUCAGAGAAUGGUCGCAUGGCUUCAGAUUCGCAGACGGCCUACGCUUUAGCCAUUUGCUUCAAUCUGCUCACUGGGCCUUCUCAGUUGAAGUUGGUAGGCAACCGUCUCGCUGAGAUUGUACGAGCCAACGAGUAUCGCGUUGGUACCGGCUUCGCAGGAACCCCAUUCAUCUGUGAGGCUUUGGCAAAGACAAACCAUAUGGAUGUCGCGUAUGGCAUGCUUCUUAAUCAGAAGUGUCCUUCUUGGCUUUACCCAGUGACCAUGGGCGCGACAACGGUUUGGGAGCGUUGGGACAGCAUGCUACCUGAUGGAUCGAUCAAUCCAGGAGACAUGACCAGUUUCAAUCACUAUGCGUACGGCGCGGUGGCUAAGUUUAUGGUGGAGCGCGUCGCAGGUUUGAAGCAAUUGACACCGGCGUGGGCGAGAUGUCGUGUAGAUCCUUGUAUUGGCGGCGGUAUCACAUCUGCGAGGGCGUCGCAUUUGACACCGCAUGGAAACGUCUCAGUCUCUUGGAAAUUGAUCGAAGGAGGAGAGGUACAACUUGACGUGGUAGUGCCACCAUUUACAGAAAUGGAGGUCGUGCUUGGGAAUGGUGACUCUGACGUUCAAGUUGUAGGGUAUGGAGAAUGGUCUUUUAAGCAGCACGUGUAG